AUGUACGGCCAAUCCGUACACUGGCGCUCGACGCUCAACCACGAUGCAGAGGGGGACAAAGACAACCGAGACGAAGGCAGGGCGCCCCGACAAGACAAUGGGCACCACCAGAGUGAAGACGAGCAGCAGGAGGAAGUUGAAUUUGCCAGUCGAAUUGAAGAGUGGAGGCAACAACGAGCUCAACGCCAGCACCGAGAUCAUCAGCACAAUGGACAGCGUUAUCGGAGACAUAGGGAGAAAUCGCGCCAAGCCUCAUCGUCACCACAGCCGGCCGAUUCACCAUCACCCGAACCGUUACCUGGGAACGCAUCACCCCCAGGACGAUCAACCGUCGACAGGUUGGCCCGCAAGCUGAGCAAGCAAAACUUGCAACACAGCAACCGUGUAAAUGCACCGUUGUCACUGCCAAUGGCCCCUUCACCAUUGCAAUCGAUGCCUCCUGUCGUGCCUGAGACGCCAUCCAUCGCCGCAGAGACGUUUACAACGCCCUUUCCUGCACAUGUGGAGGUGGAUCAACAAUAUCAGCAACCCACAUCGUCUCAGCCACCUACUAUUUUACCAGAGACAGCUGCUGAGAAGCCCGAGGAUAAACGACUCGACUUUAAGGAGCUCCGUCGACAUGCCAGCGCGCGUGCACUACAGGCUCGCCUACAGGCCAUGAUUGACAACGAAACGCAGUGCAAUGUACGCAGCGAGCCUAUGCCACCACCGCCACCGCCGCCGCCGCCUGCAGCGACCAUCCCAAGACCGUGGUUGGCACCUCCUGUGGGUGAACCCGUCGUUAUCGAAGUUGACCCAGACUGUGCCAUGCCAAAUUGGGACAACAGCUUGGAGGUGGACGAAAAUGACACCGGUGAUAUUGCGCUUGACGGUUUGGUGCCAUCUGCACGCCACGCACAUGCUCCCAGCGGUGUUAGAAAGCAAUCGAUUGGGGGUGUCGCUCUCCGGUACCGGUUGUCCGUCGACGCGGCGCUUCGCUGCCAAAACGUGGUCAGAAACCGCCCCAGAAUGCGAAAGAGGGACAAGUCGCGCCACGGAAGCACCGUCUCCUCUGCCAUGACGUCGGCCAUCUCUUCACCUGUUGUUGGGCCCACCAUACCCUCAUCCUCGUCCAUGCCGCCACCACCACCCUACACUCAACCCUAG